GAGAGGUCGUGUCGAGUGGCCGCGCCGGUUCGCAGCAGUAGGUACCCGACUACACCGUGCUGACAUGGCGGCGCUGUUCGUGGCGGCAGCGCUCGGCUGUCUGCUGGCCCCGGCGGCCGGCUUCAUCGCACGGCCGAUCCUGUUUCCGGGUCCGACGGCGUGCACGGCGCCGAGCGGCCGGCCCGGCGACUGCGUGCUGCCGGCCGACUGUCCCGCCUCGCACGGACCGCCCAGUCGGCGAGCCUGCGGCUUCCAGCAGCUGCAGAUCAAACUCUGCUGCGAGAAGCGGCCGACGCGUCCCAUGCAGCUGACGUUCCCCACCCCUGCUGAGCCGGAGUCUGCCGCCCUGCCGUCCAACUGCGGGCUGGGUGGCCCAGCCGGCCUGGAGGGCCGCGCGGUGCCCAACAUCUCUGGCGGCCGGCCGGCCGACCGCUCCAGCUGGCCGUGGGCGGCGCUGCUGGGCGAGCUGUCGGCCGGCUCCGAGCGGCCGCGCUGGCUCUGCGGCGGCGUGCUGCUCGGGCCGCGCCACGUGCUCACGGCGGCCCACUGCGUGGCCACCCGGCAGCUCAACCGGCUGGUGGUGCGGCUCGGCGAGCACGACCUCAGCGCGGCCAGCAGCACGCGCCAGGAGCGGCGCAUCGCGCGCGCCGUGGUGCACCCGCAGUUCCGGCGCAGCCUGGCCGACCUGGCGCUGCUGGUGCUGGCCGAGCCCGUGGAGCUGAGCGUCGGCGGCGCACACCCCAUCUGCCUGCCGCCGGCCGACGCCCGGCCCACCGGCCGCAGCGGCUACGUGGUCGGCUGGGGCCGGCUCGGCUUCGAGGAGGAGCAGCCGGACGUGCUGCAGGAGGCGCUGGUCACCGUCCAGCCGACGCCGCCGUGCGAGGCGCUCUACCGGCGCACCCGCGAGUACGACACGCGCUUCCCGGGCGGCUGGGGCGGCAGCGUGCUGUGCGCGGCCGACGAGCAGGGCGGCGCCCGAGACGCCUGCCAGGGCGACUCGGGCGGGCCGCUGUCGCUGGAACGCGCGCCCGACGGCCGCUUCCACCUGAUCGGGCUAGUGCUGGAGGGCAUGGGCUGCGGCGGUGACCGCUUCCCGGGUCUGUACACCAGCGUGCCGCACUACGUCGACUGGAUCCGCCGCGAGGUGCGGCGAUCGUGACGGCGCUCGCUGAAGGGAGCCGUCGUUUUCUCAGGUGCUGUCAAGCAUGAAAAAAGUCGAGGAGCAGGUGAAGCAAAGCUACCUUGUAAGAAAAGACAUGUGGAUGAGUAGGACCUACGCGAAGGACACCCAACACGUUUCAAUUUUGCAUAUAACCAUAG